AAGUUCAGAUACGGAAAGGGUGUAAUCCAAGAAUGGUUCCAGCGCCUGUCGUGUUUCAGUCACUUCCGGGGAGGAUCGGAAGUUGCUUUGUUUUGCUUCAAGAUGGCUGCUGGGAUGUAUUUGGAACAUUAUCUGGACAGUAUUGAAAACCUCCCGUUUGAAUUACAGAGAAACUUUCAGCUCAUGAGGGACCUAGACCAAAGGACCGAGGACCUGAAGGCUGAAAUUGACAAGUUGGCCACUGAAUAUAUGAGUAGUGCCCGCAGCCUGAGCUCCGAGGAAAAGUUGGCCCUUCUCAGACAGAUCCAGGAGGCCUAUGGCAAGUGCAAGGAAUUUGGUGACGACAAGGUGCAACUGGCCAUGCAGACCUAUGAGAUGGUAGACAAACACAUUCGGCGGCUGGACACAGACCUGGCCCGAUUUGAGGCUGAUCUGAAGGAAAAACAGAUCGAGUCAAGUGACUAUGACAGCUCUUCUAGCAAAGGCAAAAAGAGCCGGACCCAAAAGGAGAAAAAAGCUGCCCGAGCCCGUUCCAAAGGGAAAAACUCUGAUGAAGAAGCCCCCAAGGCUGCCCAGAAGAAGUUAAAACUUGUGCGCACAAGUCCUGAGUAUGGGAUGCCCUCAGUGACCUUUGGCAGUGUCCACCCCUCUGAUGUGUUGGAUAUGCCUGUGGAUCCCAACGAACCCACAUAUUGCCUUUGUCACCAGGUCUCCUAUGGAGAGAUGAUUGGCUGUGACAACCCAGAUUGUUCCAUCGAGUGGUUCCACUUUGCCUGUGUGGGGCUGACAACCAAGCCUCGAGGGAAAUGGUUUUGCCCACGCUGCUCCCAAGAACGGAAGAAGAAAUAGGUUUCCCUGGAUUCCAUUACAGACUUCUUCUGACUCCCCCAACCUGGGCUAGUGGACAGAGUGGAAUGCCUGUGCUGGGGGCAGGGGGCCCAGGGAGAUGUGGUCAGUGCAGUACUGUCAUCCCCUCCCCCUUCUCCCCACUCGGUGCUGAGGCUGCAUCCAAACCCCAGUAGGGAGGGUGCCACAGCCACUGAAGGCAUGAGCUCUCCUUCCACCUCUCCCUCAGAGGGAAAUCAUCCCACUCACUGUCCUUUUGCCUCCGCGGUGAGGUUGGUGCUGAAUUUCAGAGGGAGGGUCCUCUUCAUCCCCCUUGCUUUGACUUAAGGACUAGGGCAGUGGGGUGGGGCGCUCUCCCAGGCCCCUCAGUCCUCCCCCCAUUGGGAGCUAGGUAGACAGACUGCCUUCUCUGAGCUCUUCCUCUUCUCCAUGGGGUGAGAUCUUCUAGGUUGUUUGGGCUGUGGCCUAGUUGAGUGGUUACCCCAACCUCUAUGGCCCCCCGGGAUUUAUGCCGCCUUCGAAUGGGAGAGGGACAAGGUGGACAGCAGAUUACUCACGUGUAAAUGGAGUUGGGGUAGGUAAAUAAAAGCUAUCCGUGCUAGCCUGCUGUGUUUAUUGUAGAGACUGUUUACGUAUAUGUGGUAAGCAUUCUUUUUGCAUCCUCUGGAUUGGAUGAGAGGCAGGAAGAUGACUCGCCAGAAAUAGGACAAGACAUAAAACCCAAAAUGGUCCUGUCCUGUGGUAUCCACAUCUUCUCCCUGGAGGGGUGCCUUGCAUCGGGGGACUCAGAAUUUUGUAAUUACGUAUCUGCUCUCCAUAAAACACCUUUAACCCAAUUCUAAUAAAUCAUGUAUUUGCUUUA